AUGGAUUCUAUUCGAGUCAUUCCUUUGGGUGCUGGGCAGGAUGUAGGCAGAAGUUGCAUUCUUGUCACGCUCGGUGGUAAAAAUAUCAUGUUUGAUUGUGGAAUGCACAUGGGUUAUAAUGAUGACAGAAAAUUCCCUGACUUCACUUACAUUACUGAUAAGGGGGGUCUGAAUGAGUACUUGGAUUGUGUAAUUAUUAGCCAUUUCCAUCUUGAUCACUGUGGUGCUCUUCCUUAUAUGACCGAAGUAAUAGGCUACGAUGGUCCAAUCUAUAUGACUCAUCCUACCAAAGCAAUUUGCCCAAUACUUUUGAUUAUCGUAAAAUCAACGUCGAGCGGAGAGGAGAUCAAAAUUUUUUCACUUCUGAUAUGA